AUGGUAUCCAAGAGCAAUGCCUUUUCUCUGAUGAAAGCUUUUGUUGCCAUGGUUAAAAUGCAAUUCCAAACCUCUAUCCAAACUGUCAGAAGUGACAAUGCACUUAAACUUGGUUCUAGCACUUCUGCCAGUCAAUUCUUUGUUGACAAUGCCAUAUAUCUUAUAAACAGGUUCCCCUCUGUGUUGCUUCAAAACAAAACACCAUUUGAACUCCUUUUUCCUGACAGUUCCUCGCUACCUCCUACCCCUACAUAUGAAGUUGCACCUACAUUUUCUCCUUCUCCUUCUUCCAUUUCUUCUCUAUCUCCUCGUUCAUCCUUGCCUGUUCCUAGUCUUUCUUCCCCUUCCAUUAGAAGAUCCACUAGACCUCAUAAUCCUCUAGCCCACCUUCAGAACUAUGUUUGUGACCUUUCUUCAUCUUUAUGUGGCUCUAAUUCUUGUUCCUCUUGUUCUCCACCUUUACUUGUUGCUGCUGAACUUGAACCAUAUACUUACCAUCGGGUAGCUUCUAUUCCAGCAUGGCAAGAAGCCCUGAGAAAGGAAUUUGAGGUGCUCGAGGCCAAUCACACUUGGACUAUUGUUGAACUCCCUGCUGGGAAGAAACCUAUAGGUUGCAAUUGGGUAUAUAAGAUCAAGUAUAAGGCUGAUGGAACUAUUGUGAGAUAUAAAGCUAGAAAAUCUCCUAAUUCUAUUAUUCUUCUUAUUGUUUAUGUGGAUGAUAUUAUCCUUAUUGGGGAUGAUUUGGAUGAAAUUUCUGUCUUAAAGACAUUUCUGGAAAAUCAAUUUAAAAUUAAGAGUUUUGGGUCCCUCAAUUACUUUUUGGGCAUUGAGGUGAGUUGUUUCCCUUCGGGGCUGCUCAUACACCAAAGGAAGUUUAUCCGGAACCUUCUUAGAGAAUAUGGAUGUGAGGAUACAUCUUCUAUUUUCUGCCCUUUGGACCUCAGUAUGAAGGUUAAAGCUGACAUAGAUGUUUCUUUUCCUUCUCCUGAAUCCUACAAAAGCUUAGUGGGUAAGCUGGAUUUUUUUACCUACACAAGGCCUGAUUUGAGUUUUGCUGAUCAACACCUCAGUCAGUUUCUUCAGAGGCCUUGUGAAUCUCAUAUGAAGGCUGGUUUGCAUCUUCUUAGAUAUCUGAAGGGUACUUCUGAAGUUGGGGUCUUCUUUAGUAACUAUCAUGCUCUCUCCUUAUCUAUAUACUGUGAUAGUGAUUGGGCUGCAUGCCUCGACACAAAGAGAUCUGUUUCUGGCUUUUGUAUUCUGAUGGGUGGUUGCUUAGUUGGCUGGAAGGCUAAGAAGCAGACUGUUGUACCACUUUCUUCAGCAGAAGCCGAGUAUAGAGCACUCAACAAAGUUGUAGCUGAGUUAACUUGGGUGAUCAGGCUUCUUUCAGACUUUGGAUUGGUUGUUCCUACUGUUGUUCAUGUGUUUUGUGACAACUAA